AAUAAUGCAUUUAAGGUCUUUAGCCGGACGGUAGAGAUGUCUGAACUUGAAGAAGCCCAAAAUUCUAGAGGAUUAAUUCAAGGUGUGAACAGGCAUGGCAGUGGUGUGGGUGCUAACAUCCUGGGAAGUGUCAAGCAUGAAAAGCCUAAAGAUCACCAAAUUGACCCAUCUUCUUAUAAGAAAACAUCUACCAGCACACCAGAGUAUAAACAGGAUAAAGGGUCAGAGAGCAUUCUCUAUCACCAAUAUUCUAAUCAGCAAAACAGUAACUAUGACAAUAGCAUGAACAAAGCUUCUUUCUUUACGAUAGAGGAGUCCAAACAGAAAGGGGUAAGCUCCUUUUCUGGAAGUGCUUAUGCUAGACCAGGCACAUUUUCUUCGACAGGCACUGUGCAUGAAAGUCGUUCCCCUCAUUUUGUCGGAAAUAGGGAAAAAGUUGCUGGAAAAAAUAAUGUCCCUGGUAUUAGCAGUGGUGUUGUUCCUGAACCAAAGCAAAAUAAAGGUGCUUUUGGGAAUUUCUUCGGUCUAUCCAGUGGCGAACAAACACAUGUUGCAAGUAAUAUGAACAUGUUUCAUGCAGGCACAGCUCAUAAUGGGUCUAGGUUACAGGAUUUUGAAAAUGCAAGGAAUAAUGAAAUAAUGAUUGGUUAUUCCAAUCAUGCCCGACCUAUUGAGGAUUCCAUGACUGGGCUCACAUGGAAAAGUAAUGAAGGAAAUGUUCUGCUGAGUGGUUUGCCUGAUACUUCAUCUCAGUUGUUGCCAUCAUCUGGUUAUUACCCUACAUUUGACUGGAUGUCACAUAAGGGUGAAAAUGAAAUGUUCGACAUUAGUGGAAAGUGCAGCAGUGUAUCGGGUUUUGAAGGGCUGCAAUCAGAUAGCAUAGAACACAUGGAAUACAAUUUUCUGACUGCACAACCAAGUUCUUGUGCAGGGAAUUCCAAGGGUGGAAGUGAAAUGUUCAACAUUAGCGGGAAGUGCAGUAAUGAAUCAAGUUUUGGAGGGCUGCGACCUGAUAACUUUGAACAUAUGGAAUAUAGUUUUAUGACUUCUCAACCAAGUUCUCGUUCAGUAAACUCCAAGGUACCAUCAUACGAGUCAGAGAUGGCAUUAAAGUUUGAUUCCUCUGUUUGGCUUGGAAAGGAUGCUUUGCCACUGUUGCCUAAAAUAGCUGGUAGACAUCAGGUUACCGUGUGUUCUUGUUGUGGAAAUGAGCUUUAUAAUGAGGCUGUUGACAUCGGGGCACAAAGAAGCUCAAUGGUUAUGUGUGCCAACUGUCGGGCCAGGUUCUCUAGGAACCAUGAUUUUAUGUAGAAUAGGAUGUUUACAAGCAUACCAGAAUGUGUUAUUACCAAGGUCUUUAAUACAAGACAGCAUCUGAAACAAAGUUGAAGGUUGAACUAGUCUUUGGUUGAUCAAACUUUUGUCCUCCCAAAUUGCACAAGGCAGAGUUUGCAGUUCUGGUAUGACUUUGGUUUUGCCUUUCACUGUUGGUGCUUUCCCCUUAGUCCAAAUCAUCUAGUUCAUCAGUUGUGUUGAUGUUUGAUUCUCAAGGAUAUUGUGUGGUCCCUUUGUUUCCAGCACAAGAAGUGGGAAAAGCAUUAGGCACUGACCUGGGCAUAACUGAGAAACAUAGCCUUAAUUUCUGUUGUACUUUAGUAAAUGUUUUGUGCAGCAAUUACAUUUUUUCCGAUUGCACUGCUUGCUCAUAUGUACUACGUAUAUCACAACCUCCGCAGUUUCUUUAGUUUUUUUUUUCUGUUGGUAUGCUAUAGUCUGAACUAUAGUUGUAGGUUAGCAAUUAGCAUUAGAGACCUCAGCAGCCUUCCUCUCCUCUCCCCCU